CUUUCUUCUGUGAAUUCGCGACGCAUGACGCUAUGCUUUGGAGCGACAAAUUUGUGGCUCCUUUUUUGUUGGCCUGUGGAGACUCCGCCGUUGGGAUUUCAGUUCGGAAUUCUCAGAGCUCCCAGACGGAGACAGCCUUCACAUCAGCGACCCCAUUCAUCCAUUACUUCAUUGAACCUCUCGUCACCAAUGAGCGCUUGAGCCUCUGAGCUUGGAAACUUGCUCGGAGUAUGUGACCUCACAGUUGGGAUUAUGCGGCUCUAUAAAUGCACGACGAGGGUCUCCCCACUGAAAACACCAAACAUUACGAACAUGCAGCAACCCUCUAGCACCACAAGCACGCACGGCACGACAGGGACCAGCACCGGUGACAUCUCGUACGGCAACACCCAGAACACGCCACAGCCGUACUCCUCGACCACCGCAGCUGAUAGCGAUACUGGCGCACGGGACUCCGUCACGCACCCGACCGUGGGCGAAUCGAUGCAACGCGGCGAGGCGUCGGGCAUUUCGACGUUCCAGGCGAUGAGCGGCGAGGACCGCGAGCCGGCGGGGGAGACGGUGUACCGCACUGCGUCGCGGGGCGAGUUCUCGUCUGGCACCGAGCAGCAGCAUCAGCAGGAGCCGGGCGCGCAUUCGGAUGCAUCUGCGACGCACCGCCACCAUGAGGCGGGUACUGGGACGACAGCUGCCGAAAGGACGGAAGGCCGUCAUGUUGGGGUUGGGGACAAGAUCAUUGGAUCAGUCGAGAAGGUCGCUGGGAAAGUCACUCGUAACCCGGAUCUCGAGGCGCGCGGUGUGGAGCGCAAGACGGCAUGAAUCACGGGCCCGUAUAUACUACAUGUACAGUAAAUUAGAUGUUUGAGCAAUUGUAGCUUCUAA